CUUUCCGGGCAACACCAGAGGGAGGAGCCCGGACGUUGCUAAGGCCGUUGCUAGGGCCGGCCUCGGAGCGGGUUCCGCUGGCAAAGGUAACGGGCGGGGACAACCGCCGUGAGGGGUUAGAGGUAAAGUCCCGCCCCAGGUUUUCCAGCUGUCGGUGUGGUGUCACCUUUUUCCGGAGAGAAGUAAUGGAGAACCAGGACCCUGCUCCGUGAGGCCUGGCCUCACAUCCCGCCAGCGCUGCGCUGAGCUCCCUCCUAAGACUGGCCGGGACCGCGGAAGGGGGACGCGGUUCUCGAAAUACACUAUCAAGACUCCAGUCUGUUCCCCAGCUCAUGCAGACACUUGAAGCCCAGCUGAUUUCUCUUCAUCUCUUCAAAGUUACUGCCCCAUGGCAGGCCAACAACAGUUGCCGCACAGAACUCACUGUCAGAAAAUGCAAGAACCUCCAAAGAACAUUGAAGAAUUUUUAAAGCUUCAAAACUUGGAUCAUUGGCCAAAGGAAAUCCAUUUAUGGGAAAGUGAUGAAUUGUUACACACUAUGAAAAAAAUAAAACAAGAUAGUUCAUUUACUUCCAUUUAUACACAUCUGUGGGGAAAUGUCCUGCGAGUAGAUGAUGCAGCUAUGGCCAUGGAAUCAAGACUAGCAGAAUAUUCAAUUCUUUUGAAAAACCAUGCUUCUGAAAUAUUUGAGUGGAACAGAAUAAUUUCCAGGACAAUUUCUCAUGGAAAACUGAAACAAUACAAGGCAUUUCUAAAGAAGUACCAUAAGGAAAAGAAGAUAAUGCUUUCAGAUGAAAUGGAGACAAAGAAGGAUAUAGAGGGUUGUAACUUCCCAGGAUUCAGAACAAAUGAGCUUACUCAGCUACCUAGACAUCUGAAUGCUGAACGAAUUUAUCUUUUUAUUUUAAAGGCCCAUAACUUUGAUGGAAAAGUUUUUAAAAUCUGGAGAACUCAUUUUCUCUCAGAAGCCUCUAUUGCUCUUUUGCAUGAUUGCUUUUGGUGGUGGUUUCUCCAUAAAUUUAAGCCUGACAGAGAAAAUCAAGAUUGCUUGUUUGAUAGAAUUUCAGAAAGUUAUGUGUCACUUUUCAUGAGCAUACCUCUAAGCCGAAAGGAUGCAUUCUUUCAGGUGUAUCCUGAUUGUUUGGCACAGGCUAUCUAUGCAACAUUCCAGGAAGCAUUUCCAGAAUCCAGUAAUCUCUUUAAUGAUGAAUUUAAAGAAGAUCUAGGGAAUAAUAUUUUUCUUUGGUUGUCAGGUUUACCACCUCAAAAAGGAUUUUGGACCCACUGGAAACUGAAAGAACUGUCCACAACAACCAUUCAUGGUAGCAAGAAAAUGCCUUCAAAAUCUAUAAAGGACAUGAUUGCGAGAAAUCAAGAACACCUAUCAACUUCUGGAUACACAAGAAUUCCAUGUCUGCUGUCUGCCCUGUGCAACUUGAGCCUCUCUACUGUAGCUACAAACUAUUUCUCAGCUGAGAAAUUCUCCAGCGGAAUCAUAAUUGUUUCCAUAAAUCAACAGCAGGCAAGAGGAUUGUCUCUGUGUGUGUGAGCGCAUGUGAGCUUGUGUGUAUGUGUGUGGAGCCUUUUAUUCAGAGCUUUUCGAUAAAUACCUUUGCUGACCUCAUUGGAAGCAAUUAAAACUUAACCAGUGAGCUGUUAGUUGAAUACAACAGCGAGAAUAAAAGAGGCUUGUAUAGUAUUCAUUCAGUGGUCAUGAGAGGGAGCUAUGAACAUGGUUUAUGCUCACAUCUACAAAUGGGUACCUACUUUGUAGAAAUAAAUCUCUGAUUCUGAAGCAGUUAGAAGGGGAAACAGAAUUUUUUAGCUUUUCUCAUAGCAGCUGAAAUAAGUUGAAAAAUAUUGUUUUGACCAUAUAUGUAAAGAGAUCUUUUAACAGGAAAUCUUUUACAUAGAUUUAUGAAGCAUAAAUUGCUACUAUUAUUCCUUGUGUUCAGAAUGUUAGAAUAAAACUCCUAAUAUGUAUUAAGUCACACCUUAGUGUCUUCAAGAAGUGUAUAGCUAAGUUAAGGGUAUAUCUCUUCAUAUAGAGAUAUUUCAGCAUUGCUUAUAACUUUGUGUCUUAUGUUCCUAGACUGAAAGUAAGAAUAACAAUAUUCUUACUUGAGUUGAGCCACUAAUUACCAGUGUGACUUUGGACAAGUCACUUGAUGUUUCUGAAUCUCAGCUACAACACUUGUAAAAUUAGUCUAGAUGAUUCUAUGGUGCCUUGUAGUUUUAAAAUUCUGUGACUUGUUACUUAACCUACUAAGAUCAGAAAGAGGAUACAUACUUUUAAAGUUAUUAUUCUUAAAAAUUAAAAAAAAGAAAAAUUUAUAUGGUUUUAUGUUGGUUAUCAAUGGUUGACUCUUGUCCUCAGUAAGAACAUUGAUGCAAUAAAUAUAUGUUCAUUUAAGGAUGGAAUUUUAAGAGGUAUAGCUCAUGUAAAAAAGAGAAUGCUAUUUUGCUUUCCACCAUGAGUUAUUCUCCCUUUUUUUUAGCAUGUAUAUAUUAAUUUCCUGUUCUAGCAUGUAUUUAUUAGUAUACUAGUUUCAUUAGGUAUUUGUUGCAAAAUAAUUGCAUUGUUAAUCUAAAUCAAUAUUUAGGAAUACAUAUUAGCAUUCUAUUUCCCAUGUUAAUACUCUCAACACACACACACACUCAUAUGGACAUGCACGCGCACACACACACACACACA